UCUCGUAGUAUUCACCUCUAUCUUUCUCUGUGUUAUCUUAUCAUUCUCCAAGGGCAAACCAACCCUACAUACACGAUUCUUUUGGAGAAUCCGCUGUAAAUCUACACUUCACUUGUGGUUGGAUUAAAGAAAAGAUGGCAUCUUCAUCGCCUAAUCUAUGGGUGUUGCUGGGGUUGAGUUUGGCCGGAAUACUCAUAAUGGCGAAGAAGCUUCAGAGGGUUGUGAAAGUUGACUUUGGGGCAUUCGUGGAAAAAUUUCAGAUUCUACCUCCGCCACAGCCGGCUCCUCCGAAAGCCCCUCACCCGCUCACUGGUCUUUCCUUUGCCGUCUCCGACCUAUUUGAUAUUGAUGGCUUUGUAACCGGGUUUGGCAAUCCAGACUGGGAAAGAACACAUGAAGCUGCUUCACAGACAUCUCCUGUUGUUUCAGCUCUUGUAGAUGGAGGAGCAACAUGUGUUGGAAAAACUGUGGUGGAUGAAAUGUCGUUUGGUAUCAGUGGAGAAAAUAGACAUUAUGGUACACCCACCAAUCCUGUUGCUCCUGCAAGGAUACCAGGAGGAUCAUGCAGUGGAGCUGCUGUAGCUGUUGCUGCAAAACUUGUUGAUUUUUCUUUGGGUGUUGAUACUGUUGGUGGGGUGAGGCAGCCUGCUGGUCAUUGUGGCAUCCUUGGAUUUCGGCCAUCAUAUGGUGCCGUUUCUCAUUUGGGGAUUGUUCCCGUCUCCACAAGUUUUGAUACUGUUGGAUGGUUUGCCACGGAUCCCAGUAUAUUACGUCGCGUCGGACAAGUGUUGCUACAAGUACCAUUUGCAGUCCAACGCAAUCCUAGGAAUGUAAUAAUCGCUGAUGACUGUUUUCAAUUAUCGAAAAUUCCUAUGGACCGGUUGACCCAGGUGGUAAUCAGAUCAAUGGAGAGUCUCUUUGGAAAGCAAGUUUUGAAGCAUGAGAUUCUCGGUGAUUACAUUGCUUCCAAAGUUCCAAGCCUGAAAGCACUUGAUUCUAAGAAGUCAAAUGGCGAUGUUAAGUUUUCUUCUCUAAGGUCACUAGCUAAUGUGAUGCAGUUGCUAAGAAGGCAUGAAUUCAGCCAUAAUCAUUUUGAAUGGAUCAACAAAGUUAAGCCUGCUUUAGAUCCUGUUAUCUCAGCUCAGGUACAGGAAAGGUUGGAAUUAUCAGAGAAGGAUAUCGAAAAUUUCCGUACAGUUAGAAGUGAACUGAGAUCGGCUUUAAAUGCCUUUUUGAAGGACGAUGGAGUUCUUGUGAUCCCUACAGUUUCUAGCCCUCCUUCCAAACUUGGUGCUAAGGAGCUUUCAUCCCAAGACUAUCUUAUGAAUGAAUUUCUAUUGACGAGUUUAGCAAGCAUGUCAGGUUGCUGUCAGGUCACGGUGCCGUUGGGAUUGUUUGAAAACUACCCUGUUUCUGUGUCCUUUCUAGCAAGACAUGGAGGUGACCGGUUUCUACUAGAUACGCUCCAGACUAUGCAUGGAUCUCUGCUGCAGAAGGCUGACGAAGCUGGAAAGGCAAAAUCAUCUAAUGAUGUUGUCAGCAAGGAAGCGUCUGCCGAAAUCGCUAAAGAGAAGGGUAACAACGCUUUCAAAGCAAAAAAUUGGCAGAGGGCCAUUGGGUUUUAUACGGAAGCCAUCAAACUCAACAGUAACAGUGCGACAUAUUUUAGUAACCGCGCUGCAGCAUACUUGGAACUGGGAAGUUGCAUUCAAGCUGAAGCAGAUUGUAGUAAAGCUAUCGAUCUUGAUAAAAAGAACGUAAAGGCAUACUUGAGGAGAGGGACAGCUCGAGAGAUGCUUGGAUACUAUAAAGAGGCAAUUGAAGAUUUUAAGUACGCACUUGUUCUAGAGCCAACCAACAAAAGAGCAGCGGUGUCUGCCGAUAGGCUAAGGAAGUUAUUUCAGUAGACGUUGGCUGUAAAACAGUACUCAAGCAGUCAUCUUGCGACGGGUAUUCGUGGACUGCCAAAUUCUUGAAGGAAAUCCCAAGGUCAUGGAGUAAUUAUCAUUGGCGGGUUCUCAUUGGCGGCUCAAGUUUACUGUUAUCGAAGGGUCUGUAAAAAGGUCAAUUUUGCUCGAGGUAUUGUUAGUAAGCAUUUAAAGUCCAGAUUCCGAUUUUAAGAUACAAAUUCAGAUAACCAAGAUAUAUGCCAAGUGACUCGAUUCGGCUACUCAAAUGUGUAGAACCUAUUAUAAUUUCGUGUGUUGGAAAUUGAGCGGCAUGCUGCAUCCUAACUUC